AUGCAGAAUGUGCCAGUUUACGGAUAUCCCACGCCUCCGGCUUCACCAGCAUACGACAGUCAGAAGUGUGCCUACCAACAACAACAACCCUUUGCCGUCCCACCGCCAGCUUGCCAGCCUCGCUACACCCUUAGACCGGAGGAUAGGUUAGGGAAGUUUCUCGGCGACAGCCUCCAGCUGGUUGGUAUCAUUGGUACCGGCGCAUAUGGAGUUGUCUACACUGCCAUUGACAUCCGGACUGGAACACGGUAUGCCGUCAAGACCCUGAGCAAGUACAAUGCCGAAGGACUCCCACUCGACCAGCGACAAAUUGGCUUCCAGCAGAGGGAAUUGCGCCUGCACUACCUGGCUUCAGCCCACCCCAACGUUGUUUCCAUGCUCAAGAUUGUGGACGACCCGGAUUGCACCUACGUUGUCUUGGAGUACUGCCCAGAAGGAGACCUGUUCUACAACAUCACCGAGUGCGGCCAAUAUGUGGGUAAGGACGAUCUUGCCAAGGAUGUCUUCCUACAGAUUCUGGACGCCGUCGAACACUGCCAUGCUCUGGGAAUCUACCACCGAGACUUGAAGCCGGAGAACAUUCUUGUCACGAACCAGGGCGCAACCGUGAAACUUGCAGACUUUGGCCUGGCUACUUCGUCUGACCGAUCCGAGGAUUAUGGAUGUGGCUCAACUUUCUACAUGUCGCCUGAAUGCCUUGACCCCUCAUCGAGAAGGCCGUUUUACUACUGCGCCCCCAACGAUGUAUGGAGCCUGGGUGUCAUCUUGGUGAACCUGACCUGUGGACGCAACCCUUGGAAGCAGGCCUCUUUCGAGGAUUCUACCUACCGUGCCUUUACGAGAAGCUCUGAUUUCCUCAAGACGAUCCUUCCACUGUCGGACGAACUCAACGACAUCCUGGGAAGGAUCUUCACCCGCAACCCAGACCAAAGAAUUACGUUGUCUGAGCUCAAGAACCGCAUCAUGGCUUGCCAACGGUUUACUGUUCAGCCCCUUGCUACCCAAGUCAUGCCCACUCCCCCGGCCUCCCCAGAGCCCUCCGAGUAUGCAUAUGGCGAAGCUCCUGCUAGCGACCUGGUCUACGGCGCACCUCUUUCCCCUGCCUCGUCCGAUUCGGAUGGCGAGUCUACUUGCUCGUCUGACGAUGGAUCGUUGACCUCCAGUGUCUCCACCAUUGACGACCUUGAUGACGAUGAGGACUUUGUCCAGGAUGAGAGCAUUCCUCCCCAGGUGUCUCAGGAGCCGCAAAUGUUUGACCAGGAAGCCGCUCAGGUGUAUGCUCCAGAGGCUGUUCCUCAGUACGCUGGUUGUGUCGCGAAUCCAUGCCAGCCCUGCCCGGUGCCGGUGUCGACUCCCAUUCAUGCCUAUGUACCAAAACUUCAGGUUCCAUAUUUCCUGGGCCGGUUCAAGGAAUACGUGCAACCUAGUGUACCACUACACCAUGUUGCCGCCUACCACCAUCCUGUGCAACUGUUUGGCAACAUCCAGGGCUGCUACUAG